GGAACUUCUUCUGGAACAAUGGAGGUGGUUAAAGCUCUACCCUUCAUUGUUCUCUUCAGCUCCAGUAAAUGUGAGUCUCUCCAAACAAGUUUACUACACGAAGCCAGGCAGCAUGUUAGUGGGCAGGAUCACCUGGAGGAGAACUUAGGAGUCAGUGUCAGCAUUAUGGUGGCUCAGUUUCUUCAGGAUGCAGCUUAUGACAAAGUCCAAACCAUAGCUCAAGAGCUGCUGAAUCUUGCUGAAAAGUGUAAGCAUCUCACAUCACAUGAGUCACUCUCAGAGUGUGCUCACCAACUGAUGGCUACCUUCCUCACACAUAUUUGCAACAACCAAGGACUGGUGGAUAAUCAUGUGUUCACUGAGUGUUGUAAGAUGAAAAAUGCAGCAAGACUGGGGUGCUUCCUGUCCUACAAGAAAGAUGAUGCAGACAGCCAUGAUAUACCCCUGCUUCUAAGGCCUGAACUGACCUGUGAGACAGAUGAGGAGAAGAAUAUGUCCCUGAAGGCAAGGUUCAGCUAUGAAAUGUCUAGAAGACACCCAUUCUUAUAUGGACCCACUAUCUUGACCAUGUCUGCUUGCUAUGAAACAGCUGUUCAAUUAUGUUGUCAAGAAGAGAAUAAAACAGAGUGCUUGUGGACAAAGCUAGAACCCAUCAGAAAAUAUAUUAGAGGAAUAUCUGUGAGACAUCAUCACUUAUGUGAAAUUGGCACAAAAUUCAAUGAGAAAGUGGCAAGUGCGGUAGAGUUGACUCUACUCACUAAAAAGCAACCUAAAGCUAAUUUUUCUGAAAUUGCCAAAUUGACCAUGGCUGUUAAAAAUCUACAUGAGACCUGUUGUGAAGGAAAUACAUUAGCAUGUGCCCUGGACAGGCGCCAGCUUAUGAACUACACCUGCACUAACCAGGCCAUCUUAUCCAGCAAGUUCGCCGAGUGUUGUGGACUGCCAGAACCAUUCCUGGGGGAAUGCAUCAUCAACUCAGAAAAUGACAACCAACCCGACCUUUCACCCCUACCGCUCACAAGGUUUACAGAAGACCAGUCUGUGUGCGAACAAUUCAGCGACAACCAGGAUAACUUUCUACAGGGGUUUCUUUAUGAAUACUCAAGAAGACACCUGGAAUUGGCAGUUCCUGUGAUCUUAAGAGUCUUUGAAACAUAUAAAUAUGUACUGGAGAAAUGUUGCAAGUUAGCAAACCCCUUGGAAUGCCACCAGCCUGGGAAAGAGGUGUUCCAAAGAGUGGUAUCUGAAAGCCGCGACCGUGUUAAAACUUACUGUGACUUACACAAGAAGCUGGGCGGUAGCAGCUUCCAGGACAGGCUCACGGUGCUUUAUACGAAGAAAGCCCCACAGCUGUCUGCCCAGGAGCUGGUGGCAUUCACCAAGAAGAUGGCAGCAGCUGCCCAGAGAUGUUGCCCACUAAGGGAUGAGCAGCAGUCGGCUUGUGUGGAGGACCAGGCUAAGCUGAUUCUUGGAGAGCUGUGUAGAAGACAUGGUGGGACGCCUGUCAAUACCGGAGUGGGCCACUGCUGCGACGACUCCUAUGCCUUCAGAAAGCCAUGCUUUGAUGACCUGCAAGUGGAUAGCACUUACAUUUCUCUACCUUUAUCUUGUGACCAAGCCAUCAGCCUUAAAGAGGACUUUUGUCGAACUCAGGAAGAGGAACUCCAAAUUGAAAAGCAAAAGGUCCUCAGCAACCUCGUGAAGCAGAAGCCACAUGCAGCAGAGGAGGUGUUCCAUUCCAUUGGCGAGGAUUUUGUGCACCUGGUGGAGAAGUGCUGCCAUGCACCGAGGAGAGAACUGUGUUUUCAAGAAGAGGGACCUCAGCUGAUUACGAGGUGCCAGUCCCUCUUAGAGCCCGACUCAUCCCAGAGCGGGUUGAUGUAGGAUCAUCGCUGAGAUCAGCGCUGUGGAAGGAGACAGUUGAGAGCCUUCUCAUUGGCUCAGUGCUGUUGCAGAACACUUGCUGGCCCACACCAUCUUUCCUUUCCCCUCAGCAGAUGACAUAUGGACUCCCAGGUCAGCCCCUCAGAGCUCUCCCAUCUCAGGGCUACCUCUCAAGGGUAGUGGCAGAGACAAGAACCCAAAGAACAUUCAAGGCCUCCAGACAAUUUAAUGUGCAGCCACACCUCGCUGGGAACUGCAGCUGGGCCCCACAGUGGAGGCUUCAAGGUCAACAUAGAACUGUCUGUACCACUGGGAAUGACUGAACAGAGGAAAACGCAUGAAUAAAAUUAUCUUCGUGACUGGGCUCUUGCUCCUGGCUCUCCUGUGUGUAUUUAAGUUUGACAUUGCCCAAUGGCACCCAAUACAUUUGUAUUAAUUUGAGCAAUAAAUUGUACUGAAAAUGA